UUCCGGAUAGGUCUUUUGUUCCAUUGCCUUAGGAUGCAACAGUCGGUAGCUAUGAUCGAUUGUUGAUCAUAUUUGUUCUGUAUAGUGUGUUAUGAGAGAGCUGGCUAUGCGCAGUUUCCGUCAGAAUUUUUGCAGGUCCAGAAUCUGGUUGUCGAAGCACGUCGUGUAAGCUAGAUUAUUGGUUGCAUUGGAACAGUCAUCUUUAGCAGACAUCUUUAAUUUUUGUUGCUUCGUGCUUUUGAUGAGAGAGAGGUUUCACAAGGUGUGCUUCUCAAUGUUUAUCGAUUUUGACCUGUUAAAGCUCGGUAGUGACAGCCAACUGACCACGUCUUAUCUGAAAUGAUGUUUUUUACUUCGAGUUUGCUGGUAUCCUCUCAUUUAGAAGCAACUUUUGCGAAGCUUUUCGAAAACAGUCAGAUGUAGAGCUCAAUGCAGAUCCAAGUGACAGUGAAUGAAUCUGAGCCAAUGUAGGUGUAGAUGCUUUCAUUCCCUUGUCCGACGGCUGGUUACGAAGCCAGAAUGUGGACACAUUUUAGUCUCCGUCAUGGAUAGGCUCAGUUAUGCAAGUGAUCGUCAAGCUCAGAUUUGAUGGUACCAGAGAUCCGUUUCCAAAGGAAGAAAUUGAUGGAGCUACGACUCCCUGUCGACUCGAUAUUGAAUCUAAAAUAGAGCAGGGAGUGUGCGAUGCUUGUUCAGCCAUCGGUUGAUUUGGUUGCACCGCAUGCGCUCCGUUAUCCUCAAGGCUGAAGAUGCACCAUAUUGGUGCAUGAAGAAUAAUUUUACAAAUCAAUUUUGUUCUCUCGUCAGCUGGCCUGUUCCGCUUUCAAGCUGAUGACAUUUGAAUCUGCAUUCUAAAUUGGAUAAUUUGAAGUAGUUGCAGAUCGAAGCGGUGCAUUGACCACACAAUAUGGACCAGGUUGAAGAUGUGAAGCGACCUGCAUCCAGCAGCAGAGAUUCUCCGUCUGAGGAUGCCAGAUCACAAGCACGAGAAUUGCUGCUAGGAGAUUCCACGGCCCUGCAAUGUCAUGACGAUUCCAGUGAUGAAGGUGAACCUCACGAGCCGAAGGUAGUUCAAUUCAAUCUAAAGUCAACUCUGAUGGGGGUGCACAUUUCAGAUGACGACGCGCAGGUGUUUUUUAGCCGACAACCCUCUAUUUCGUCUAUGAUAUCAGACAAGUUUCCCACCAGCGGAUCCGUGUCUUUGAAAUGGGAAGCAGAAUCGGGUACGCUCGAGGAGAUGGCGAAGAUCUACAGUGCAUUGUCCAUAGCGCCUCCUUCAGGCAGUAGAGAUCAUAUCGGGUGGCUGGACGCGCAGACUUCUGGCACAAAUAGCGAUCAUCCCCAACCAAGCAGCACAUUGUUGCAGCUCAAUACAGAGGGCAAAAGAGUUCCUAGUGGAUUACUCUAUCCUUGUUCAACUCCGGAAGGUAAUCAGAAUAGCUGCCUACUGAAUGCGGCACAUUUUACCUUCGACAAUAACGUACUCACUCCAGAUCUCCCAGGCGUCAGUGGAAGCAACAACUUCGCUGAGAGAAUGUUUAAGAAUUUAGUUGGGGAGUCAAGAUUGCACCGAAAGAUAUUGAGGAGCGGAUCAAACUCCAGCAGCAAGAUUGGUUCUCGCAGUGUCAGUUUUAACAUUGGCGGGGAUCUAAGGCAAUCUCCUGUGAGCACACUGGAUUGCCCAACAUCACCCUCGAAUUCAGAACGAUCGUUUCGUGGAAAAUCAAAGGAGAAGUCAUUGCGGCGUAGAAACGAUGAAAAGAAUACCUCUGCAACUCCAGUACCCGAAAGCCAAUUUGCUCAUUACUUGAUUGUGGGAGAUGCAUCCGCUGACAGUGAUGGUCUUGAAGGCCCAAGUGAAGUUGCAUGGCUUGAACCUUCACCAUGUCAUCCCGAUCUUAUAGAAGCAUAUUCUAAUCAGGGAAAGAAGAAACCAACUUACGAGCGCUGGUCGUCGAGUAGCAGAACUUGGAACAUUUCCCUAGUGCAGAAGCCUCUCAAAACAGUGUCGACUAUGGUGAGUAGGGGGCAUCAGAAGGGGUCUCAUCGGAGCAAAGAUGGACUCACACCAAUAUCGCUGACCAGUAGCUACGAUGGGAGUUCAUCGAUCAGUUCCAGAAAGGUUAAGAAAGGCUCGCGGUCAGAUUUGAACUCAGGGCGAAGCUGGUUUGGAUCAAGCAGAGGGAGCUCCAUGUGGGCUUGUUCUGGUCGGUUACAAAUGGAGGUCGCAGUGGAGCCUGAUCUGCUCGAACCGGACAUGGAACAAGCGAAGAAAGUGAGAAACACACAACAGCAGCAUGCUCAGGCGAAAACAGAUGAAGAUGAAUUCCCUUUCGACAAUCCCAUUGCCUCCUCGUUCGUCUUUCAUGAGGCCGACAAAUCGCGGACUCCACCUAAAACUGACGAAACCACUGUUCAGAAAUCCGCCAUGUCCACUGAUUCGGAGAGCGAAGACCUUCAAUUAAGUGACCAUUUUCAGGACCUGGAGGAUGGCUCCAUUUCAGAUAGCGAAACAUCACAUUCCUUUUCGUUAGACAGUGAAGUACAGAUUUCUGUGCUGGACCAACCACCGCAAUGGGUUCCAACUCGAAAAAUCGAUUAUGUAAAAGAAGUGGUUGAUAGCAUUGGAUUGUCUAACAGAGCCCUUAGUGGCUUAUCUUCGAAAGCCUUAAGCGGGUUUCUUGAGAUAAGUAGAUCGGGAAGGUAUGGUGAUGACAUGCAUCGGGGUCAAAAUUUGGACACGGCGCAGCAUUCGCAAAGCCUUGAUGUCAGGCUAAGAAUAUUCAAGUCAGAGAAAUCAUGGAGACGAUUUAUGUUGUCACCCUGCUUGCCUUUUCUGCACAAAUCGCACAAGCAUGUACCCAGAAUUCAACAAGUGCCUGUGGCGGUUUCUAGCCGGAGGCUACAACCUGUUAACAGCUUCACUGCCCGGCUGGGUCGGGUCACGGAGAAUCCCACCCUUUCUGGCCAAUCCCACUCGAAAUAAAUGCAGUCUAUGAAGAUCUUCUCUAGAGGACGUGGCUCGCCUGUGUCGUUUCCGGACAUUCAACAUAGACAAUGAACGGGGUUUCGUGAAGCGGAUUACGUAUAGCUUCUCCUUAACUGGUUUCCAGCGCAUCUGUUCCUGUUCCUGUUACUGCAUGUUACGACAAGACUGGAGCUGGAAAGACCAAGCCGGAGUUUGCUGCUGCUGGAAAGUACUCGGCCAUUUAAAUAUUAGGAUUAGCAAUGGAAUCUGUAUCAGUAAAGGCACAGGUUGUACAAUGGUUAUUGUUUCCAUAGUUGAAUUUGGCACAGAAGCUGUGAUUGUGGUUGCUUGGCGCCCGCUUCUACUUGGCCAUUGCCGAGUUCAUGGCACCCACCAUAAUCAAACACAUGGUACUUACUCAUCAUUGAAAUCAA